AUGGCACCCCUGAUGCUGGCAGUGGCCGCCCGCCUGGCAGACCCUGCUGCCGCGGCCGGUUAUCGGCAGCAGCUGGCGCAGCUGCAGGAAGGCGGGCCUGAGCUGGUCAGCCUGGAGCAGCUUGAGUUUUUGGUGAAUGUUUCGCUGUGCUUUGAGGUCGUCGACCCCCCAACCGGCAUCCAGGAGCGCACGCAGAAGCGCCUGCUGCCGGCUGCCAAAGCCGCGGGCCGGCGGGCAGCAGAGCUGCAGCCGGGGAGCGCCGCCGCUCACUGCCUCCUGGCCCAAGCGCUGCACCAGUUGCCAGAGCUUCCAGCAGCCAUCAAUGCUCUGCGUGCCUCAAUUGAGGCAGCGGAAGCGCGGCGCAACCAUUACUACCUUUGCAAGUCCGCCUUCAUCCUUUCUUUCCUCCUGCUCUCCGAGGGUAGCCCAUCCGGCAGCGCCGACCUCCGCCCGAUGUUGAUGAUGAUGCUCACCAAGGGCAGCAAUGCGCUGCGCGUGCUGAAGCGCUAUGGGCCGCGGACCUGGGGGAGCGCCCUUGGCUUAAUGCGUGACCUUGUGCACAGCGAGGCGGCCAAGGUGGCUGGCCUGCUGCCGCCGGAUGUCGAGGCGGAGUGGGCUGCGCUCGGCGAUGUCUGGGCCAGCGCUUCCCUCGGGGACCAGUGCAGCGGGUGUGGCAAGCACAGCAUAGGCCUGCGGCUCUGCGCAGCAUGCCACAGCGUGUCAUAUUGCAGCCCUGCCUGCCAGCGCAGCCACUGGAAGCAGCACAAGCCCAACUGCAAGGUGGCGCAGAAGGAGAUGAGGGGGCGCGGGCAGUCUUGA